GAAUUGAUCCAGAGGGACUUUGUGGCUGUGUCAACACCAAGCUGCUUCUGUGGAGAGGUGUGUGUGCCGGGCACACAAUGUCCCUGCAGCUUAGCUGUGCGCUGUGUGUCCAGGUGAAUCUAGGGUGUGUGGACAAUGUCACUUUAUCUGCCCCCUCCUGAUUCCGCAAGCGGUCCAACCGAGAUGCCAGAGGAUGCUGUAUCUGAAACUGGGUCUGAGAGGAGUCUUUUGAAAAGAAGGGACUGGUUGAAAUUUGCUCCUCUCUGGAUUGUGGUACUGCUGGUGGCUGCAGGCGGAUUGACUUGGUACCUUCUGGAGGUAUCGAGUCAUCCUGUGCUUCAGGCCAGUAGGUUGUAUGCCGGGCACUUGAGGGUGGUGAGCCAUGAGCUGACCCAGGACCUGACCCGGCCAGAAAGCAGCUGGUUUAGAACAGAAGCCGCACACCUGCAGAAACUGGUGAAGAGUCUUGUUAUGACUUCUGACCUAGCACCUUAUUACAACACCAGUACUGUCUAUGCAUUUGGGGAGGGCAGCUUGAUGGUUUAUUUCUGGGUGAGCCUGGAGGUGCCCGAGACUCAUGCUCAGUCAGUGAGUAUGAGCUCUGUGAAGGACAGUCUCACCAAAGUACUACAAGCUGCUGGCAACCACACUGGGACCUAUAUAUAUGAUCAGUAUCACGUGGACCCAAAUUCUCUGACAAUAAUGGCGGCCAGUGUGCAGGACAAACAUCUGCUCACAAGCAGCACUGGGUGCUACAGAUACAGUUAUGUACAAGCUGGCAAAGAAGUCCAUUUGAGAGGUCCUGAUUACCUGUCUCCCACCUGUGUGUGGCAUCUUCAAGGUCCUCCUUCAUACCUGCUGAUGCUUCGUCUACAAUGGACCCGUUCUGAAUGCCGGGACCGACUAGCCAUGUAUGACUCCCCAGCACCCCUAGAGACGCACCUCAUUACCUCACAUUACGGAUGCAGUCGCCAGGAACCUGUGUCGGAGGUCCUCUCCUCUGGCAGUUCAAUGCUGGUUGUCUGGAAGCAGGGACUGUACAGUUACUAUGACCCGUUCAUACUCACAGCGCAGACCCUACCAAUUCAAGACUGUAGAGAGGGGAUAUCUCUUAAGCCAGGACUGCAAAUCCAGGGGCAGAUCAGAACUCCCUAUUACCCCAGCUAUUACCCACCCAAACUUCACUGCACCUGGAACAUAACAGUUCCCUCCUUUGAGUAUGGGGUGGUUCUCCGGUUUGAAGGCUACAUGCUGACCAGGCGCUACACGUAUGCACCGUGCACACAGGGAGAAUGGCACAUCCAGAACAGAAGGAUGUGUGGUCUGAGAGUUCUCCAGUCCUACGCUGAGAGAGUAACUCCCUCCGCGGGCAAUGUCACCAUAUCAUUCACCUGCCCCAGUACCCUCACUGGACCAGGGGUGCAGGCCUCGUACAGCCUCUUCAACAUAUCAGAUCCUUGUCCAGGGCAGUUCCUGUGUGCACUGAAUGGUCUAUGUGUCCCUAUUUGUGAUGGUGUGAAGGAUUGCUCCAACGAAUUAGAUGAAAGGAACUGUGUGUGCCCAGCCCAGUAUCAGUGCUCUGAGGUUGGCUCGUGUGUGGACAUCAAGCAAGUCUGUAAUGGCAAGGAGGAUUGUAUUAAUGGAACAGAUGAGGAGAAAUGUCAGCAAGCCAUUACCUGUGGUCCAUUCACUUAUAAAUGUGAAGAUGGGAACUGUGUGAAGAAGCCCAACCCUGAAUGUGACUCCAUAGAUGACUGUGCAGAUGGCUCUGAUGAAAAAGGCUGCAACUGUGGUUUGAAACCACCUGGGAGUCGUCUGGUUGGGGGGACGGAUUGUCUUGAUGGAGAGUGGCCAUGGCAGGCCAGCCUACAGGUGCGAGGAGAACACUUGUGCGGAGGAACCCUGGUGUCUGAUAGGUGGAUCCUGUCGGCAGCACAUUGCUUUAACUCAGAGCGAUACUCUUCUCCCGAUGUCUGGACAGUCUACCUGGGUAAGUUACGCCAAAGCCGAAGCAGCCAAAAAGAACUUUCCUUCAAGGUGAAGAGGCUGGUCAUCCAUCCUUUUAAUGAUGAAGACACACAUGACUAUGACGUAGCCCUCCUUCUUCUCGACCACUCAGUACCACAAACAGCUAAACAUAUCCAACCCAUAUGUCUGCCUGCCAGCACUCACCAUUUUGCCACUGGUUCCACUUGCUGGGUGACCGGCUGGGGGGCCAUAAAAGAAGAUGGUCCCAACAGUGAAUUUCUUAAGAAGGUGGAUGUUAAACUGAUGGCUCAGGAUUUGUGUUCUGAGAUUUAUCGAUAUCAGAUAUCUCCCAGAAUGCUCUGCGCUGGUUACAAUGAUGGAAGCAAGGAUGCGUGUCAGGGUGAUUCUGGGAGUCCACUGGUUUGUCAGGAGCCCAGUGGACGCUGGUUCCAAGCAGGGCUGGUGAGCUGGGGAGCUGGCUGUGGAAUCCCAAGGUAUUUUGGAGUAUAUAGUCGCAUGACACGACUUGUUGAGUGGAUUCAAAAUGUCACAGCCUAA